ACCCGGUUAACCCAAUUACCAACCAAGUAUCAAGUCCUGCGGCCAGCAGCACCGAGUCUCCAUCUAGAGUGUCACGUGUGAACGUACAAAAGAAAACGCCAGAACAUCUACCUGCAGCCGGCGCCCCAGCGAGUGGCGCGUGGGAAACCUCGCACCGCCAGAGAUCAAACCCACCAGGAGGCAAAUCUAGCAUCAUCUUCUAAAUGGUUUAUUCUGAGUGUGGCGGCAGUCCUUGUGGAUUAACUUACGGUCUUUCUUGGUUGUAAAUCAAAAAUGUUCGGGGUUUUUUCGUGACCAAACUGGUUAUUCCAUGCUGUUGUAAUAAAUAUAGUAAUUAUUACUGUACACUAUUGUUUCUAGCACUGAAAAAAUAUACAAAACUAGUCACUGGGAUAUAUUCCAACAAAGGUUGUCUGGAAAAUGUUGGUUGUAUUUUCACAUUUUUUGUCUUGCUUGGUUAAUCAGGUUUAGUAUGGCCUUAUUGGUAAAGCUUGUUAAUGUUAAUAAUAAAGUGUGGUUUGCUGUAAAUGAAAAUACAAGUCAAAGUAAUGAAUGCUGUAUCAAAUGACAUAAUAUUACAUGAUUGGUCACAUGGUGUAUGACAUCAUUAUUUUUCGUUAUAUUUUAUUGGUUUUGUAUCUCACAAAUAUACUUAUCACAUUUAGAUUUUCUGAGAUAAUUUCUUAGGUUGUCAAACACAUUUACAUAGUUGAUAUUAAAUAUUUAGUAAUUUAUUUAAUUUAGUUUUUAAAAUGAUUUAUGACAUGAACUUUUAUAUAUUUUUUUCUAUCUGAAUUUUUUGUACAAUUUCCUCAACAAUGAAGGCAGUGUUUAAAAAUGGAUACUGCCCUCAUUGUUGAGAAGAUUGCACACUGCCCUCAUUGUUUUGGAAAGUGUAUAACAAUCACAUCAACAAUGAGGGCAAUGUUCCUAAAAAAAUAUCUCAACAGUGAAAAUAAAUAAAAAAUUUCACACUGAUUAAUUUAUGAAUGCAUUUAAAAAAAUUUUAAUUCACUACACUUUUUUCCAAUUAGAAAUUUAUAUUUAUUAGAUUUUUUUUACAUAGGUUGUUUCCUAUCAUCAACAUCCACUUUAGAAAUACAAACUUAAACAUUUUGUUAUAAAUUUAAGCAAAUUUUCUUGGACUUUUUCGUAUUCAAAUUCAUAUUUUUUCUAAAUAAUUCAAGCUGAAAUAUAGUGAUUAUUUAUAAUGUAGCGUUAGAGCAUCAGAAGGAGAGAUUGAUUAAUGUUUGCAAUAUUCAUACUAUAAUUCCAGUUCCUGAUGGUAUAUUGUAUCUGUAAUAAAUUGACUGCGUUUAACUUAACAUUUAAUACCAGCUCUUGAUAUAUCAAAAUUGAGGGCAGUGUAUCUGAUAGCCUUCAACUAUGAGGGCAGCAUUUCGAUUAUAUUUUAAACGCGUGUAACGUGUCCUCUUGGAAGUUAAGUCACCUGUUUACUGCGUAAUGUAGACAUUGAAUUGACGUAUAAAUCGUAAUAAUAAAAAUAUUGUGUGUGCUGUUAAAAUGAUGAAAAUUUCCCUGUUGGAUCUCGAGUAGGGUGCUUUUGAUUGCACGUUAGCAAGACGUAGAACGUGAUAACGUCACAAAGAAGUCAUCUGCGCAUGCGAAACCGUUAACAAAUCUACGUUUUGCAGAUUAUGAUGGUAGGACUGUCAUGCAUGAGUGGAUCCGUUCUAGGUCACGUCGCGCAAAUCAAAAUCCCCCUGCUGACUAAUUACUCGUGUUUGCUGUUUAGUGCUGGUUUAGUAGGUUCGUGCACUGGUUUAUCACUGUAGUUUAUUAAUGAAUAUGUAAUUGUCAUUUAUUAGGCCUACAUGUAAUUUAUACUUUAUGCUGAAUGGAAAAAUGUAUAACCCAAAAUGUAGCAUCAUCAUUAAAAUCACUUUAGCUGCA